CCCCUCCAACCCUGGUUUAAUGUGCAACUUAAUUAUUCCUUCCCCCCGCACAAGCCUGGUUUUAUGUUUAAUUGCCCCCCCCCCUCCAACCCUGGUUUAAUGUGCAACUUAAUUAUUCCUUCCCCCCGCUCAAGCCUGGUUUUAUGUUUAAUUGCCCCCCCCCCUCCAACCCUGGUUUAAUGUGAAACUUAAUUAUUCCUUCCCCCCGCUCAAGCCUGGUUUUAUGUUUAAUUGCCCCCCCCCCCUCCAACCCUGGUUUAAUGUGAAACUUAAUUAUUCCUUCCCCCCGCUCAAGCCUGGUUUUAUGUUUAAUUGCCCCCCCCCCCCUCCUAUCCUGGUUUAAUGUGCAACAUGGGAUGGGAGGACUAAGUGAGAGUGCUACCAUUUACGCACCCAGCGGAUAGUAAAUAUCUUAUUGUAUACUUCAGUGCUACACAAUAACUUAACCUAUACGUUAUACAGUGUUAUAUGUUCCUACUAUUCAUUUAUUGAUUGAUAGGUAUUAAUGUUGUAAACGAUGUCAGAUUGGUGGUAUGACAUGAAAUUUUAUUCAUUAAAAUUCAUGUUGGAGAAAUAUGGGCAAUUUAGUAACAAAUUUGGAAUGCUGUGUAUAGCUCGAGAAGAAAAUGUUACCGGAAAAAGAGUUUACUUCAUUGCCAGUUUGAAUAAGUUUUUGUAUCAUUAUCCAAUUAUGUCUAACCGGCAUUAUUACGAGAUAAUUACAGACAAAUCUACGAUUUACUUCGAUCUCGAGUAUAAUCGAUCAGAUUCUUUUUUUAUCAACGACGAGAAAGGAUUCACUCUUUUCAUAGAAUUAUUGAAACAAUUUCUUCUGGCUAAGUUUCCUAACAUUCAAGCAAAUGAAAUUUAUUAUCUAACGCUGGACGCUUCUAAUCAUAAGAAAUUUAGUCGACACGUUAUAGUUCGAUUAAUUAGUAAAAAUACGGAAUAUAUACACAAUAACAAUUUCGAUGCCUUGCGUGCUCUUAUGCUAGAAUUCAGAGACUUUAUCAUUGGGUUCGUGUUUGGUAUAAAUUACGAUGCAAGUAUGUAUCGAAAUAUUGACAUUUCAAAUGGAAAAUAUUUACGAAAGUAUCAAAAAAACGUCGACAUAUCAGAGCAAGAUCUUUGCUAUGAUAAAUUCGCUUCGGAAUAUUCAACUAAGAAUGCCAAAGAAAUUGUAAUAUUCUUAGCUGAUGGUUUAUUUAUUGAUUACAAAGUCUAUGACAGGAACAGAAACUUUCGGUUGAUGGAUUCUUCCAAAAAGAAUGACGAAUCCAGAAUAUUAAAAUUCAAGCCGAAUCUGUCAGUUUUACCGUUCAAGAACUUAAAGUCUGAUAAUGUUUUGCGAUUCUCUUUUAUAUCAAAACCAUUUUGCAGUAAUAGAAAGUUCAUUCGAUCAGAUAUGAAAAAUAAUAACGCUGAUCUCAAUGAUACUACAAUCGUUGCUGUCAAAAAAGCAUCAUUGUUGAAAUUUGUUCCAGAUGAAUUAACUAUUGAUCAAACAUUAAAUUUGCAGAAGGCCUGUAAAACAAUUGAAUCACUUUCAUUUUCAAUUACUCAAAUAUCUAGAGUUUAUCAUGAUAUAUUUUGUAUCAAUGUUUUCGAACGUUUUUGUAUAAUUGAAAAGAAGUUAAACCGAAAAAACCGUGUAUAUUUUAUAUACAAUAUAAAUAGUUCCGUUAUACGAUUUAAGUGUUUUGAUUGUGGCAAAUCAAAAUUUUCAGAUAUUCCAGUUUCAGAAUUGUGAAUAGUUUUUAAUAAAAGUGAUGGGCACUUAAUCAAAAUAAGCUUUUCAAUUGAUUCUUUAUUACCAACUCAAAAACAUCAAAAUUCCACAUUCCUAUUCUACAAUCAAUUUACUUGAUGUACUCGCCCCCUACCGUCGAACGACGGUCGUCGCGAAUUUCGUUAUCCGGCGACUUUCUACGUUCUUCAACGUGCUCUUAACCUCUCGUACGACAGAUUUGUCUGCUAUUUUUUUUAUUUAUACUUGUUUCUCAUAUUAAACGUUAAAAUUCCCGUGUUUUGAGGACAGAUUAAAUUUUCUUGUAUUUUUUACUUGCAAUAUGCACAUAUUUUGAUAAAUUUUACGACAGAUUACUAUUUUUAAUCAUCUGUCGUAAGUAUAACAAGGGCC